AUGGCGUGGAACAAGCGGACGCUGGUGUACGUGGAGCCGAGGGUGGACCCGGCACGGGUGUUGCAGGACGUGCAGCGGGUGGAUAGGGGCCGGUACGUGGUGAAGACGUCUGCAGAGACGGCGGGGUACGUGGCCCGGCAGGUGAAGUACAGCGUGGAGGACUUCCACGGGGUGGUGAGGGACGGCGAGCUGGCGGCGCUGCUGGACACGGUGGGCGUGCUGCAGCUGACGGUGAGGCGGGCCGGGGAGGACGCCGGGGACGCUGCGGGCGGGUACUUCAACGAGUGGCACGCGUGGAUGCGGCCGGGGACGAGUGUGAACGUGGCGCCGCAGCACGUGGACACGUGGCGGGCGUACCGGGACGUGUCGGAGACGCUGCGGGACGCGUUGGUGGGGCUGCUGCGGGGCGGCGCCGGCGGCGCCGGCGGCGACGGCGCUGCGCUGACGGAGAUGGUGUUUGAGCGGGAGUGGUGGACGUGGUCGGCGCUGGACGGCGGUCCGGGCACGGCGGACGGGCUUGCCCGCCUGCUGCAGACGCUCGGGCUCGACGACGGCGACGUGCGGCGGGCGGACUACGACGCCGCGGAGCUUGUGCUCGACAAGACCCGUCUCAGCCUCCGCUUCGCCCUCGACUACGACCCGUGGAGCCUUCUCCCGCACGACGAGCACAUCUCCGACACCUCCGCCUGCCGCCUCCACGCCGACCUGGCCCUCUCCCGCGAGUACAUUCUCGACCGCUACGAGCUCGACCGUCUCGCCGCCAGCACCCACUCCUGUCUCGCCGGCCUCGCCAGCAUCAGCAACGGCGGCAUGGACCUCGAGCUCCCGGCCCACCGUGUUCCCGACCACAGAUACUCCGUCUCCUCAGUGGCUUCGGCCAACUCGGCGUCCCAUCAUCAGCUCGACCACAUCAUCCCUCGGUCCUCCUCGGUCUCGGAAAUGCUCGACAUCGACGACAAGUUCGUCCGCAAGCCAAAGGCCAAGCCCGUCUACAACAAAAUGAAUAGAAACAGCCGGAACUACGCCGCCGCCGACGGCCCGACGGCCUCCACCCCGCAACUGGCCCACCACCGACAACAAUCUCGAAAUCAGGGACAGAAUACAAGAUCACAGCGUUCUCACAGCCAACACCGCCAGCAGCCUUACCAGCAACACCCACAGUACCAGCAAUACCAGCAAUACCAACAGUACCAGCAAUACCAGCAAUAUCCUCAACGACAACAGCAACAACACUAUCCAAACGGCUACCCACAGAACUCACAACAAUAUCAGCAGUAUCAACAGUACCAGCAGUACCAGCAGUACCAGCAAUAUCAACAAUACCAGCAAACCAGGCCUCAAAAGCAGCAGCAGCAGCAGCAGCAAUACCCUCAGGCACAGAAGCAACCACUUCAAUCACAACCCUACCCUGAGUACCAGUAUACUCAACAUCAACAGAGCAUGCCGCAGAGUUACCAGAAGAGGAACACUGUCUCUCGCUUUGACCCUACAUUGAAACAACACGCACAUUCCAAAUCCCAACCUCCAUCCCAGCAACAUCAUCAACAGCAAUUGAGACCUCAUCAGCCUUCCAAAUCAUCCUCUGGUUUUUAUAACAACCCCCAAGCUCCUUCCUCAAAUUUGAAUAUCCCUCCCCAGGCACUCGGCUCAGCCUCAAACUUGGCCAUGCGCCCUGCUAACAGGUCUUUCUAUCCUCCAGUUGUCCGCCCUCAUACAACCCCAACCAGCUUCACUAGCUAUCAUUCCAACACUACUGGAACAGCUUCCAACCCGAAUUCGAACUCUGCUCCAAACUCUGGUGCCAAUUCAAACCAAAACUCAAAUCCGAACUCCAACUCGAACUCAAACCCUACUUUGAAUCUAAACACUCUGGAAAUACCAAAUGCAGUGACAUCAAGCUCAAAUACAAACACAAAUACGAACUCUUCUAGGGGCCAAACCCCUGGUAAGUCGUCCCCAUCAACAACAAACACGACAACCUCUGAAUCUUCAUCAAGCACAAAUAGAACUCCCGUAAAGCAAUCUGUUUCCAACUCCAAAAUUAACAUAGUGUCUCCACUAACUGAUAUUUCAAGUGCGGAAGGUUUGGACGAUACUUCUGUUAAUAGCCAAACUCCACGUACAUUAAAAAAUCCAACUCAGCAUCAUGGACAGCAACACCAAUUCCAACAGCAACAGCUGAACGUUGGUUACAAUCAUGCUGCAAUAGCUGCAAAGGCUGCAGUUAGAAACGUUCCGACUAGUGCUCCUGCACCAUCUAUCAGACCCAUUCCAGUUCAGACAUCUGCAUACAGAACUCCUGCUACUACAGAUAUUCCUAAUUUGACACCGGUUCCUCGUGCAACACAGGUAUAUGAAGAUAACCCCUCAUCUGUCCAAUCUUCUCUUCGUUCAGAGCAAAAGAGAGGAUUUUUCAAAAGGAUUUUCUCCCGUUCAAAAUCAAUAAAAGAUUUGUCACCUGUUGACAGAUCUCCUGUUUCAUCCCCAAAGGACUCAAAAUUCUCUCUUCGUAGACUCUCUCUGAUCAGAUCGAGCUCUAGAACUAGCACAGACCGUUCUCAAAGCACUUCUAGAGCAUCAUCUAUAGAUGCGAGAGGUACGAAAAGACUUUCAACUUCUUCAAGAAGCUCGUUGAAAGUCAAUAAAGAUUUGGCAGCUGAUGUGAAUUGCAAUAAAGGUGAUGCCUCAAGCAGUGAUAUACCAGACUACAAAAAUUCUACUCCAUCAAACACUAACAGUACGAGAAUUUUUAGUCCUGUUACUGAAGCAACAGAAGCUGAUUCAUCACACAAUACUUUGUCAAACACAGAUUUGCCUUCAUCCAAUAGAACUAUUUCCGAUUUCAACUUUGGAGAGACCGAAAAUUACAAUCAUAUGACCGAUUUGAAGACCCCUUUGUCCAAAAAUGUCGAAUCAGCCAAACAUUCUCUGGUUGGAGUGAAGAGUAACAACAGUAGUUUCUUUUCCGCUAACGAGGGAGGCAAACAGGCGAGCAAUCGCAUAAUUCAGGAAAGGGAUGAUACCCAUCAGUUGCAAACGGUGAAAACAACAGAAACAUCAGAUUUUUCAGAAACCGAUGAAUUCGAUACUUCCAUGGCAAGUAUCAGUAAGAUCGACAGUUCUGUGGCCAAGAAGCAAGGCUGUGAUAAUGUUGUUCUAGAAUUAGGAUACCUUUCAACCAUUGUCGGUUUGGGAGAAACAAGCUUUUUCAAUUCCGAGUUAAAGAGGACUAAUACGAACAAGAGCACUACUACAAAUGCUACAACGUCGACAGGUAAGUCCAACACUGAAAAGGAUGAACAUGGUGUGAUGAAGCUCUCUGUUCCUACAAAUGAUACUAAGAACGUAGUGAAAAAGUCUUCAUGGGGCAGUAUUAGAGCUAAGGAUGAAAGGAAAAAGAUGGUACGCAAAUUAGGGCGCAAGAUACCAUUUGCUAGAUUGCGUGAGCGUUUUGAUAUUAGCUUUGAUGAUGACGACACAAACAGUCACCAUACUGGAGCUGAGUCUGAUUCUGAAAGCACAUCAUAUGUUAACAAGAGUAUUUUAGAAGACGAUGAUACAGACUUUGAAUUACAUUCAGGACUCGAUUAUGACAGCGAGUUUUUUCAGAACCUGAAAACGAAACAUAUUUUGCCAGCAAAUCAUGAGCCUAGACAUGGAGAAAUAGCAGCAGGUAGUUUGAAAGGUUGCAUGAAGGAAGGAGAAGAAGAAUCUCAUCUUUUCCAUCCAAAAAGCGUUGAUGUUGGGUUCAUUGAUGAUGCCCAAUAUGGUGUGACGUUCAGUAACGAAGUCUACGAUCGCUCGAAUCCCGACAUGAAAAAGGUGUACGUCAUGAUGACUUAUUAUCCGAGGGAAAUUCGUGCAAUUAGGAUAGAGUUGAAUGAUUUCAAGAAGAAUGAAAUGGUGGUCAAUGAAGCGAGUAAACAAUACACACAUACAUUCCAGGUUUGA